CUCCAAGGAGUCCCAGCUAAUCAAGUGAAUGGUGCUACAAAUUGUUGUAUCUGGUGAUGGUCGUUACUGGUUGAACGCUGCUAUUCAGAUUAUCAUUAAGAUGGCAGCUGCAAAUGGAGUAAGAAUUGUUUGUGUUGGACUAAAUGGAUUGACGUCAACUCCUGCUAUAUCUGCUGUUAUAUGGGAACAAAUCCGCGCAUCUGGAUCUAACGCAUCAGGAGCUUUCAAAUUGACAGCAAGUCACAACCCUGGUGGUGCAGGAAAAUGUGGACCUGCUCCUGAGAGAGUCAUGGAUAAGAUCUAGCAGAA